GCCACGGUGCAGCCGAGCAUCACCUCGAGCCACCCCACUGCGCAUGUUUGCACUCUGUGAUGUAACACACGAGCACGAGCUUCACACACACACGGCGCGCGCACGCUCACGCUCACGCACGAAGCGCUUAAUUUUUUCAACCAUGCACCUUCAGUGCGUGCGCCAUUGAUGCUGCCGCGCGCGCGCUGCAUGGAUGUAGUGCGUCAGAUGGAUGCUGGAAUUGGAAGGAAGCUGCUCAUUUGUUGCUUGAUGUUGAAGCGAGGAUGAUGCGCUCGUGCUGCUGAGAUUUCCUAUCCUCGUGCAUCUCCUAUCUCUCUCUCUCUUUCUCUGGAUCUCUUUUUCCAUCCCUCCCUCUCUCACUCCCCCUCCCUUUUUUCUCUCUCUCUCUCUCUCUCUCUCUCUCUCUCUCUCUUUCUCUCUACCUCCACUGCUCCUCUCUCUCUCUCUCUCUCUCUCUCUCUCUCUCUCUCUCUCUCUCACACACACACACACCAUCCUCUGUCAUGGCGUCUUCCAACAAUGUUACCCCCACCAACUGUAGCUGGUGGCCCAUCUCAGCCAUGGAGGAGGACGGCCGCAUCCCGGACGGGGAGGACGGUCUCGAGCCGGCCGUGGAGCCGCAGCAUCCGCCGCCGCCGCCGCAGCAGCAGCACAAGCCCUUCUCCAAAGACAGGCUGGUGCUGUACCACUGGACCCAGUCCUUCAGCUCUCAGAAGGUACGUCUGGUGAUUAAUGAGAAGGGUCUGCUGUGUGAGGAGAGGGACGUGAGUCUUCCUCUGACUGAACACAAGGAGCCGUGGUUCAUGAGGCUCAACCUGGGAGAGGAGGUUCCUGUCUUCAUCCAUGGAGACACCAUCGUCAGUGACUACAACCAGAUCAUCGAGUACUUAGAGACCAACUUCGUGGGCGAUACAGUAGCCCAGCUUAUUCCAGAUGAAGGCACACCCAUGCAUGCCCGGGUACAGCAGUACAGAGAGCUGCUGGAUGGUCUGCCCAUGGACGCCUACACGCAUGGCUGCAUCCUCCACCCCGAGCUCACCACCGACUCCAUGAUCCCAAAGUACGCCACUGCUGAAAUACGUAGACACUUGGCCAACGCAGCGUCUGAACUGAUGAAGCUAGACCACGAGGAACCACAGCUGACAGAACCAUACCUUUCCAAGCAGAAAAAGCUCAUGGCAAAGAUUUUGGACCACGAUAAUGUGAACUACCUGAAGAAGAUCCUGGGUGAGUUGGCGAUGGUUCUAGACCAGGUUGAAGCAGAACUUGAGAAGAGAAAACUGGAAUAUCAAGGUCAGAAGUGUGAAGUGUGGCUUUGUGGACCUGACUUUACGCUAGCGGAUGUUUGUCUCGGCGCUACGUUGCACCGGCUCAAGUUCUUGGGACUUUCAAAGAAAUACUGGGAGGACGGGAGUCGACCCAACCUGCAGUCGUUUUUCGAGCGGGUGCAGAAGCGCUACGCCUUCCGCAAGGUGCUGGGCGACAUCCACACUACCUUACUAUCAGCGGUUCUACCCAACGCGUUCCGAAUGGUAAAGAAGAAACCGCCCUCCUUCUUCGGGGCCUCCUUCCUCAUGGGGUCUCUGGGGGGGAUGGGCUAUUUUGCCUACUGGUUUUUAAAAAAGAAAUAUAUGUAGUGAAUGCCCUCCUGUUCUGUUCGGUGUCUGUGUAUUUGUGUGACGUUGCAACUUUUCUGUACCAGAUGUUUUAUGACAGCAGGAAAAUAUGCUGUUGCAGAGAAUCUAACACUAUUAUCUGGGUGAACAAAGAUAAAAAUAAGAACAUUCCAUGACAAGGAAUUCUUCUUAACAGCACAUUUUCUGGUAAUCAAUGCCUUCGUUUCUUUUAUUUCCCCACCCCAUUUUCCGUUUCCCCACGAUUUACCAAUAGGUCAUGGAUUAUUUUAAUUUGUAGCUUCGCCUACAGCCUGAUUAUAGUCCGCUAAUUAUAAAAAAGAGUCACUACCCAAUCAAAAAGCACUACACAUUCCUCCCGCCGGGGCCGUUUUAGCAUCAUACGCCGACUUCUUAUAGCAUGACUCCCUCCCUCCCACCAACACUGUAGUACCUGUAUCGUAUACAUUUUAGGCAUUCACCUUUUGCACUUUACUGUUGAUUUAGGGUUCGCCCAUUUGAACCCUGGCCGUUAAAGAGACACUACAUUAUAUAUAUAUAUAUAUAUAAAUGUGCUGCAGCCAGAUACUGCCAAAUCUAAACCCAAUACAGAAUUCACCUUCAGUCGCUCUCGCACACUCAGUGUGUAGCUCACUGUAACACUCUCACUUUCACCAUCACAACUCACCACAACUCACCACAGCUCAUAGAGAUCAUAGAGUUUCCUACAGUAGAAUGUAACUCAUCAUCUUCAUCAUCAUUAUCAGCAGCAGAAUUGUGAUGAAUGGAGAAUAAAUAGAGAUUAAAUGGCUGGAUAUUGAAUGGGAUAUAGAAUACAUACACCAACCACACACACAUCACACACUGAUUCUGAUUUAUUCAAGCAUUUGAUAGUAAGUAAAGUAAAGCAGAAAACACAACUGAAUUUAAUCCAUUUCCAUACUGAAAUAUCUAAUAUAUACAACCCAGAAUCAGAAAAUGUUGGGACUGUAUACACAAACCAAUU